GCAUCCUUGAACCGAAAACUUCACAGUUUACUUCAAACCUCCUACAGAAAGGAUCUUUUUCUCACAAAACAACAGAAGCAGUUAUAUUAUUCAAAAUGUUCAAGCUGAUUGCAAUUUUCGCCACUUUCGUCGCCAUUGCGAGUGCAUUUCCAAGGGAUUACGAGCAGCAGAUGAUGCAGCAGCAGCAACUGAUGCGAGGUGCUCCGGUUCCGCGUAAUCUAGCGGCUCCACUCCCGGCAGGAGCUCCCGCCCCAGAACUGAACGCCGCCGCUGCCCCCGCCCCCAACGCCGACGGCAAGAAGGAAGAAGGCUUGGAAGGCUCGGAGACGUUCGGUUUCGGAUACUACCAUCACUAUCCUCGCUACUACUAUCCGUCGUAUUCCUACGGCUACGGAUAUCCUAGCUACUAUAGCUACUACUACCCACGAUACUACUGGUAAAGAUGAAUGGCAAGGUGAUGAUGUGAC